GUUACACCACAGCCUUUAAGAGAAAUCAACUUCAGUAGACACAAAAAAGGCAGCCUAAAAAGAAAGCGAACAACUCCACAGAUUGAAGUUGAACCAGUGGACGAGAGAGCAGCUCUGAGGCAGCUGAAACAGAUAUUCCCGAAGGCGUGUGUUCUCACCAAAAAUGAUUCAGAUACAGACACUGCAUCUGAAGACGAAGAAAUUCCACAAUUACUUACUAGAUUCCACGAGGUGGAGUAUUCGUUUCUCACACCGGAGGACUUGCAAAAGAAGUGUGAAGAAUUUAUGAAAGAUUUUAAGCCAACGCAACACCAAAUUGACAACCUGGAGAAAAUGACACGGUCACAAGCAGACAGUACUUUAUGGCAUCGACACAGAGAGGGAAGAAUAACGGCCACAGUUGCCCAUGAUAUUAAGACAAGACGAGAGACAACACCAACAGAAGGGCUACUCAACCGAAUCAUGAAGUAUAAUGAAACUGACAUUUCAAAGAUGGAUGCAGUCAGUUUUGGCCUGAGUAAUGAACCAAAAGCGAAAAUGCUGUACUGUGAAAUUAUGAAAAGGAAUCAUAACCAGUUUGAAUUAAAGGACAGUGGUCUGGUCAUCGAUGCCACAUGCCCCAUAUUUGCUGCAUCCCCAGAUGGAGUUAGGACCUGAUUUUGCCAUGGCAUAGGCCUACUGGAAGUAAAGUGCUCCUACAAGCACAAGGACAUAGAAAUCGGUAAAAUAUCCGAAAUAGACAGAGAUUUUUAUCUUGAUUCUAACCUCAACCUGAAGUUGAAUCACAGGUAUUAUACACAAGUACAAUUCCAGAUGUAUGUGACAAAAUUAUUUUUCUGUGAUUUCGUAGUGUACACUACAAAAGGCAUUGCGGUUAAAACUGUAAACUAUUACCCAGACUUUGUGAAAUCUUUAAUUGAAAAAUGUAGUCACUUUGCAUUUCACACUGUUGUGCCAGAAAUAUUAUGCCACAAGCUACAAGAAAAAGAGAAUAUUGCUAUUUGUACAUGUAAGAGGCCACGAUUUGGGAAAGUGCAGAAGUGUGCAAAAUUAAAUACUUCCAUUUCAGUUGUGUUGGUCUCGACAGAAAACCAAGGGGGUCAUGGAUGUGUGAGGCAUGUUCUAAAUGUUGAACAUAUCAUAUGGACAUACCCACAGAAUUAUGGGACUUCUAUUAUCAUUAUAACUAUAUUUUAUUGCAAUCAGAUGUAAAUAAAACUGAAUUAAUUACUUUGUAAAUAGCAAAUAUCAUGAUUGUUCAAAUGUUAAUUGCUUAGUUUACAAGCUUCGGCAUCAGGUUUGUCAGUGCACCACAGAUUGUUAAGAUAUCAUCAGCAUGUUUUGACAAUGAUAUUGGCAUAGUGUGUUCUACAAUUUGAUAAUUUUUUUAUCCUUUCUAUUGCCCUUUCAACAUGGAUUCUGGCUCUAGAUAAACGCCUGGAACAUUUGAUUUCUCGCUGAGAAAGCUGUUUCUUGCCUCUUGUGAAAGGUGGAAUUGCCAGAGAUGCACCAUGUACUGCAAGUUCUUCCUCAAUAAGGAAACCUCUAUCUGCCAGGACUAAGUCUUCAUAUUCCAGUUUGUUAUAAAACCCAGAUUUUUCAGUAAUUUCUUUGUCGCUAACUCUCCCACCCCAGCAUUCAGACAAGAAACUAACAGAACCAUAUGGUGUAAUACCAAUUAAAUACUUAAGGGUAUUAUGGUGUUUAUAGUUACUCCAUGUUUUGGCCCUAGCAUCUAGAUUUGAUGGUCUCUGAAGAAAUAUUUCUGCGCAAUCAAUGACAACUCUGCACUUCUUAUAGUUUCUUUUGAAGGCUUUAGGCAAGUUUUUCAGUAUUGUAUUUUUAUCUGGCCACUGUAUAAGAAAUUUAAGUUUCUUGGCAAAAAUUGGUAAACACUGACCUAAAAUCUUUGAUACUUGUGUUGGGCAUAUGUUGAACCACAAUGCUAAGUUUCGGUUUGUCAAGUUCAACCUCAGUUUCAUUAAUACCAACAGCAGCUGGUCACCAGGACUUACAUUUCCUAUUCUCUUAAUACAUAAACUUACAAGAGAUAAAACCCACAAGAACACUGCCACUGAGCACAGGCCAGUUAAAGCUGAUAUUUUGGCAUUAUCCAAGUUACUAAACGUAAACUUCUUUUGAAUUUCAUCUUUAAGUUCUCUGUUGUGGUCUAGUACUCGCUGAUACUCUGUUUGUAACUGAGAAUAUAUCAUUUGUAGUUCUAAAAACUCACCUUGCAGUGGACUUGGUUCCUCAGGAAUUGGGUCAGUACCUAUUGAGUAAAAAAAAUUGCUGUGAGUAUUAAUGCAAAAUUAAUAGCAACAGUUGAAAUAACUUGGAUGUUGUAAUGUAAUAUUAGUAUAUAUUUAUGUUGGUUUUGUGUUUAUAAAUAUAGGCUA